UCCUCCUAUGUUGGCCGCUGGCCUUGGCCCGCGCCCCCUCCCCUCUCUGGCUGCUGCCCGGGGCGGCUCGCAAGGACCCCCAGCGGCGCCCCCCCCGGCCCGGCCCGGAGCGGCCCCCUCGCUGUUCCGCGCGCCCAGGAGGGCUCUCUUCCCCCCGGCAGCGAGGCAGGAGGGGACGGAUCCGGAACCGCUCGCCCCCCUCCCGCCUUUGGAGAGGAUGUGCCAGCGGCCAAGCCCGGCUCCCUCGGCGGCUCUCGGCGUUUGGUGCAGCGUUUAAGGGGGCGUUUUUUGUAUUUUUGUUUUUUUUUGUUGCCCCGACUUUCGCCUCCCCCCCGCCCCCCCCUUUUUGAGAAUUUGCGAACUGCGUUACAUGCAUGUCCAGUGGGGGAAGGUUUAAUUUUGACGAUGGAGGGUCCUACUGUGGCGGUUGGGAGGACGGCAAGGCUCACGGCCACGGCAUCUGCACCGGCCCGAAGGGGCAAGGCGAGUAUGCGGGCUCCUGGAGUCACGGCUUCGAAGUGCUGGGCGUCUACACCUGGCCCAGCGGGAACACCUAUCAGGGCACCUGGGCGCAAGGGAAGCGCCACGGCAUCGGCGUGGAGAGCAAAGGGAAGUGGGUGUACCGAGGCGAAUGGACUCACGGGUUUAAGGGACGCUACGGAGUGCGCGAGUGCACCGGCAACGGGGCCAGGUACGAAGGCACCUGGAGCAACGGACUGCAGGACGGCUACGGGACGGAGACCUACUCGGAUGGAGGCACUUACCAAGGCCAGUGGGCCGGAGGGAUGCGUCAGGGCUACGGUGUUCGGCAGAGUGUCCCAUACGGCAUGGCUGCGGUUAUCCGGUCGCCAUUAAGAACAUCGAUCAACUCUUUGCGCAGCGAACACACCAACGGCACAGCAUUGCACCCUGAUGCAUCCCCUGCUAUGGCUGGGAGCCCCGCUGUCUCAAGGGGGGGAUUUGUCCUGAUGGCCCACAGCGACGCGGAGAUCCUGAAGAGCAAGAAAAAGGGCAUCUUCCGACGUUCCCUGCUGAGUGGCCUCAAGUUGCGUAAAUCCGAAUCCAAGAGCUCAUUGGCCAGCCAGCGGAGCAAGCAGAGUUCCUUCCGAAGCGAGGCAGGCAUGAGCACCGUGAGCUCCACCGCCAGUGAUAUCAACUCCACCAUCAGCCUGGGCGAAGCCGAGACCGAAAUCUCCGUCAUGGAGGAUGACAUUGAUGCCACCACCACAGAGAUUUACGUGGGUGAGUGGAAGAACGACAAGCGGUCCGGCUUCGGCAUCAGCCAGCGCUCGGACGGCCUCAAGUACGAAGGGGAGUGGGCCACCAACAAGCGUCAUGGCUACGGCUGCAUGACCUUCCCCGACGGCACGAAGGAGGAGGGGAAGUAUAAGCAGAACAUUCUCGUGAGCGGCAAACGCAAGAACCUCAUCCCCUUGAGGGCCAGCAAGAUCCGCGAGAAGGUGGACCGGGCCAUUGAGGCGGCUGAGCGUGCGGCCACCAUCGCCAAGCAGAAAGCGGAGAUUGCAGCUUCCAGGACCUCCCAUUCGCGGGCGAAGGCCGAUGCCGCCGUGUCAGCAGCACAGAAAUCUCAGGAGGAAGCGCGGGUUGCUAGGAUCACUGCCAAAGACUUUUCGCCUUCCUUCCAGCACCGAGAAAACGGGCUUGAGUGUCAGAGGCCAAAGCACCAGCAUUCAAGCGAUGAGAUCGAGGUCCUCUCUACAGGGACUCCCCUGCAGCAGGAAAGCCCAGAACUCUACAGGAAAGGAACGACACCUUCGGAUCUCACGCCUGACGACAGCCCUCUGCAAAGCUUCCCUGCCAGCCCCUCCUCGUCCCCACCGCGGGGUCCUUCCUGUCGGAACAAGAAUGCCCACUUCUCCAGGCAGCUCUCCAUGGACGAGGAGAGGGGCGGGGAAAUCCAGAUGUUGUUGGAGGGACGCAGUAGGGAGUUCAUGAGGCCUAACAGCUGGGGCGAAGACAAGGAGGGCGGGCCUCAUGGGAUGAGAGGCGGGGUCUUGCGCAGUGGCCAGUUGGAAGACCAUCGAGGCCGGAGUGGUGGGCACAAGCAUGGGACCGCCAAUCACAAACCACGGGAGAGGUGGGCAGACCCUCCAACCGUGGUUUCGUGGACUUAUCACCGCCCACACCACCACGGCUCGGGGAGCCACAAGCUCACGGAGCUGGAUGAGGAGAAGCUGAGCAAUUACAAGAUGGAGAUGAAGCCCCUCAUGAGGAUGGACGCUUACAUGCAAGAGAUGCAGUCCCAAAAAAGGCAUCACGGCAAAAUGGGUCUCAGCAAGAACCUGGCUGAAGAACAUCCUGGGGAAGAGCGGGCCUUUGGUGUCCAGAGGCUGAGGUCAACCUCCCAGAACAAGGAGAACGUCAGGCCGGCAUCUUCUGGUGAGCCAGCAGUGCAGAAACUAGAGAGCCUGAGGUUCGGGGAUAAAGGUGAACCCCGGCUGUUGAGGUGGGACUUAACUUGCUCUCCACCACAGAAAUCCUUACCUGUUGCACUAGAGUCAGAGGCGGAAAAUGGAGAUGAGCUCAAAUCCAGCGCGGGUUCAGCUCCCAUCCUAGUCGUCAUGGUGAUCUUGUUAAACAUUGGAGUCGCCAUUUUGUUUAUUAACUUUUUCAUCUAAACCGAGACUGUCUUGUUUGCAAAACUCCAACCGGUUAAUAAUUAAUAAAAAAACAAAAAAACAAAAAACCCACUCCCAAGCGGUCUGAAAAUGGGGAUAAUGCUGCGAGAGACCCAACGGGAGAAGGAUGUCGUCGUUUUGAACUGUCCCGCGACAACUUUCAAGUCUUUUCACAGAAGACCCACCACCGAUUGAGUCUCACUCACAGUUUGCCUUUUUCCCCCACCCCCACCCCUUUCCCUACCUAGGUAAUGUUUUGGAUUUUAGCCCAAAAAUUCUUUGCUUGCACAAUCCUUUUGCUGUGUGGCAUGGCCGAAUGGUAGCAGCAGCAUUCCCGCCCUCCCAGCACCAGACAGGAUGGAAAGCGUUCCUCCGGGUGGAUUUAGCCAGAUCUAGGAAAGCGGUUUCACGUGAAUUGCCUCCCUCUUCAGACGUUUAACUCAAGACAAUCUUCGGAGAGAUGCGGCAGUCCUGGCAUUGCCUGGUGAUAUGCAGCGGCUGGCCAUAGAGAUACAAGGUGGGGGUCCCUUGAGAAAAUCCCAGGGCGAUCCCGGUGUUCGCAUUGAGCUGGGAAAGGCCAAAACAGAGAACAGUCCAAGCAGACGGCACUCAAAGGACAACGUUGAUGGUUAAUCACCAUUUCUUGAAUAAUUUAAACCGCCAUAUCUAGCAGACAAGUCUUAAGCCCCUCUCCUCUCUUCUUGAAGUCCAAAAUAUUUUUCCCACCCAAUGUGUUGAAAUCAUUCAUUGUCCCAGGCGACAAUAGAAAAUUAUUUUACUCAUUUGUAAAAUUUAUUGACCGCCCAUCCUACCAAAGUUUUGCAUAAAGUCACCUGCAGGAUACUGAGACUCAGGUCAAAAUCCUGUAUCUAUAAACUGCACAAUCUUUUUUUAAAAAAAAUAAUCUCAUUCAACACAUUUUUUUCAAACCUUUCCAGCAGGUGUUUAAAAUAGAUCCAGAAAGGUUUUGUUUUGAAAGAUGACCAAGGUUUUCCAGGAAAUGCAUCCCCCAGAUUGCCUAGGAGUCAGCCCCUCUCUAUGGGGAAAGAUGCUUGAAUGUUCCCCCCCCCCCAAGAGCCCCCGUGGCACCGUGAGGAACGAGGCGUGACGGGCAUCCCUUCUUCCAUCUUGCCAUGAGCCAUUUCCAGAUGCCUUGCUUGGCCUCGGAGCAUGUAAUAGUUUUGCAUUUUGUCUGCAGGAUGUAUAUUCCAGCUUCCAACAUAAUCCCUGUACAAAAAGGAAAGAAAAACCAAAACCAAAACUAGAGAACAACAACAAAAACAACAACGAAAACAUUGUCAACAACAGCCUCUGAGUAUGUAAUGCUCUUUUUAUAAUUUGUUUUCUCUCCUCUAUGUAUCACUUAAUUUUGGUAUGGUUCAAAACAUCUUUAUAAGAUG